AUGGGAGUAAUUGAGAGGCUUUUGUUGCUAUCAUCUUUGUCGAUGGUUUUGCUGCUAUCAAAGAUCCUUAAUACAGAAUCGACAAAAAUCGACGGACCGAUACUUACUUCGAUAUUCCCGGCGGCUAUCAUACAGCCCAACACUAUAAAAAUUUCCAUCUCCUGCCAGGCACUCGCCAUACCGACUCCGACUUUUCACUGGUGGGACGAUGAUACGGAUACCCAAAUCGAACCGAUUCGAGAUCGUAUCGAUAUUCGCAAUGACACGAUACACUUUUUACCGUUUCAUGAAAAGGUUUUGAAUGGAGAUGUAACGAUACCGAGACGGAUAAGAUGUCGAAUCGGCAAUGUGCAUGGAACCGUUAUUAGCAGUGAAAUAUACGUCAAACCGGUCAUAACAAGUCACUUCGACAACUACAUCAUUGAGGCGAGCAAACCGGAAGUCACGUGGUUCAACUCUUCCGCUGUCCUGUCGUGUGACGUCAGACCGGAUUAUGUUAAUGAGUACAUCAGAGUGGUCGGCUGGAUGGAGGAUGAGAAUGACGUCAAAAAUGACGUUCAGGAUGAUGAUGUUGAUGACGAAAAAUAUAUCACGGUCAGUGAUUCCAACAACCAAUUCAAGGUCAACAACAACAUCCACAACAUCAACAACAACAUCUUCAGCAGCAGCAACAACAACAACAACAACAUCUUCAGCAGCAACAACAACAAAAUCAACAACAACAUCAACAACUUAGUAACCAACAAACACAACAACUUCAACAAAAACUUGCUAAUAAUUAGAAACGUCACGGAGGAGAUAGCAACUAAAUCUUUUAGAUGCAUCACUAACAACACUCUGACGAAUGCGAUCACAGCAAGCCAGCCAGUCCAAAUCAACCAUCCAAAAAGAGUAGGCAAACUUUUUGCUCUGAGGGCCCCAUUGAGAACUAUUUUACCUCUGAAGGGCCGCAUAUGUUUUUAA